GGUCCCUGUUCUUCUUCUUCGUCACGAAAUCUGCACUGCAAGAGUGUCCUUUCAAUCAUCCCUUUAGAACCAACAGUAAAUUAUUUCGUCCGCUGUGAUGUGUCAGUUUUUAAAGUGUGAAUGAAGUGUUAGUUCCAUGCAGCUGGUUCCAUCGAAUCGAAACCACACACUUCUCACCAUUUUAUAAGUUCCAUAAUGUCUACAAGUGACGAAGACCCUGUCAUCAAAGAGAUUCCUGUAUACCUAUCAAAUGCCUUGCAAGACAGGCUUUACGUCUAUCAGUACCCUACAAAACCUUGUGGAGAUGGAUACUGCACUUCAGAUAUUACAAAGGUUUGUGUGAAACCAGUUCAUCAGGAGGUGAGAAUGGAAUUAAUACUUGAUACACACAGUGUACAUUACGACCAAAGCAAAGGUGAAAUGAUAGCAACUAGUGUAGAUGGAACUAAAAGUAAUAAGGCUAGUGAGAAUCAGUUUUUCAACAGCGGACACAUGGACAAAGUUGUUCUGCAAUCACAGCGUAUGUUGCAAAAUACGAAGAAUUAUGCUGUCGGAUUUUUGGAGGAUAAUAAACUAUUCGUUUCCCCGGUCACUGGCAUUAUCAGCUUGCAGCCCUCUUUUCAGCAUUAUGACAAAGCAGACAAGAAGGUCAAGGAAACAAAUCAAGAGUCAAAUGAUUCAAUACUCUCAGGGACUGAAGAUGACGAGCCUCAGGCACAACAAGUUACUGUAAAGUUUGCCAGGCGUGAAAAUGAACGAAUGAAGCGUGCCAGAGAAAGGUCCUAUAAUUAUUUCACCGCUAAAAGUGCAGAAGAAGCAUGGUAUACGACCAAAUUCCAUGAUAAAAAUAGUAGACUAGCUGAGGUAGAAAGAAAUAAAUUAUCAGGAUCUUCACAAGAAGAUGCAGUCAAUACUCUUUGUCUAUCAAUAUCACAAUAUUUGGACACAUUGGCGCCAGUAAUGAAAGUGGAUGAAAGUGUACAGUUACCAGAUCUGCCCUCUAAUGUCAUGUCUCUCAACAUCAUCAAAACAAAGUCACUUGCAGAGCAAGUUGAAAUAGUCAUUAAAGAUGUGCGAAUUAUUACUGUUAAACAGUUAGCAAGUUUAUUAUGUGUCCACAAAGAUGACACUGCUAAGCUUUUACGCAGUUUGCAACAAGUCAGUGUAUUAGUACAAGGUAACUGGGUGGUCAGGAGUGAUCUUGUAUACCCAAAAGGUAGUGUGAGCUCUCACUCUGGCGUUCCUAAUGAAAUUAUGGCCAGAGCUCGUGACUAUAUCCUUUAUCUGUUUACUGUCAAUGAGUAUGUAAGUAGGAAAGACAUCACAGAAAAAGUAAAACUUCCUCCAGAUGAAUUAAAAUCGAUACUCACAUCAAUAGCAAGAUUCAGAGUGCACAAAGGUUGGGAGUUGCUUUUACCUCCUGACGUCAGCUUUAUGGAAAGCUUUCAUGAGACUGUGGAGCGCCAAAAAAUGUGGUGGGAUGUGAAACUGAAACAGUUAUUGCAAAGUUUCAAGUCAGAUCUAACAGCAUCUCCUACACGCCAGCGAAAAUCGUCCAACUCAUCUACAUCUUCACGACCUAGGAAGAAUUCCAGGUCGCGAGUUGACUCAAUUAGCGGUUCUGAUAAAGAAGAUUCACCCGUUGUUAAAUCAUCACCCAAAAAACGAGAGAGAAAAAGAGACUUAUCAUUAAGUGAAGUAGAUUCAAAUGUUCCCUCAUACAAGUUGUCUAAUAAAUGAUGUCUCUUUUAUAAACUGAA